CAAACCGGUCCAAAAUUUCAGAAAUCUCGUAUAUAAGUAUGGCGUUUUUGGACAAAUAUUAUCAUUAAUCGUGAGUUCGAGCUUUGGAUAAAAUCAUGAUAUCAAAGGCCGCAUUACUUGUUUUCAUGGUAAUGACUACAUCAGUCAUUACCACCCCCAUGCCUAGACCCCAAUAUGGAUUAGGAGGCGGAAGCGGUGGUGGAUUCGGAGGCGGCGGCGGCGCCGGUGGAGGAUUCGGCGGUGGAGCAGGAGGUGGCGCCGGAUUUGGCGGUGGUGAAGGUGGCGGAUUUGGCGGUGGAUCCGGUGGUGGUGGAGGAUUCGGCGGCGGAGCCGGAGGUGGCGGUGGAUUCGGCGGCGGAUCUGGCGGCGGAUUUGGUGGAGGACAAGGCGGCGGAUUCGGCGGUGGAGCCGGAGCUGGUGGAGGAUUCGGUGGUGGAGCCGGAGCUGGUGGAGGAUUCGGUGGUGGAGCCGGAGGUGGCGGCGGAUUCGGUGGCGGAGCCGGUGGUGGAUUCGGAGGUGGAGAAGGAGGCGGAUUCGGAGCGGGAGGAGGAAACGGAUACGGCGGUGGAUACGGCGGCGGAGAAGGUCGAGGAUUCGGUGGCGGGCACCAUCAUCACCACCAUGGAUAA